AUGUCUUGUUGGACGCUUGUUCAGCAAGAUUCUUUCUUAGAGACUCCCUCUAGUGAUCAGUUAAAGACAGCCUUGGAGUCCAAAAAUGACUACGUUAAAAUCAGUGCAAUGAAAACAAUUCUACGAAUAAUCAUUAAUGGAGAUCCUUUAUCUUCUAUCCUAAUGCAUGUUAUUCGUUUUGUGAUGCCUUCGAGGAGUAAAGAACUCAAAAAGCUUCUAUACUAUUAUUGGGAAAUAUGUCCAAAAUACAACAAUGAUGGUACCAUGAAACAAGAAAUGAUCUUGGCUUGUAACUCCUUUCGCAAUGACCUCCAGCAUCCAAAUGAGUAUAUUCGUGGAGCUACUUUGCGGUUUCUUUGUAAGCUUAAAGAACCGGAACUUUUGGAACCUCUUAUACCUACCGUUCGUCAAUGCUUGGAACAUCGCCAUGCCUAUGUCCGUAAAAAUGCAAUUAUGAGUGUGUUUAGUAUCUACCAGACCUCGUCUCACUUAAUUCCUGACGCUGCAUCUCUAAUUGAAGAUGUACUGGUAGUUGAAACCGAAGGAACCUGCAAGCGCAACGCUUUGAUUGUUUUGUGUACCAUUGAUCCUGAGCAUGCUGCAAGCUGGUUAACGAAUAAUUUUGAUAAUCUUAUUUCCCUCAACGCCUCUUCUCUCUUAAUUGUUAUUGAGUUUAUUCGAAAGAUCGUCAUUGUCAACUCACCCGACAAAACUAAAUAUUUCUCACUUCUAUUAGAGCUCUUGCACGUAAAUUCCAGCAGCGUCGUUUUUGAAGCUUCUACUUCUUUAAUGAACAUGACGACAAACAUUCAAAUCAUCAAAACUGCUGCCUCUCGACUUUUGGAUCUUGCUACCCGCGAAGCCGACAACAAUGCUAAACUUAUUAUGCUUGACAGAAUCGCUGAUCUCGUUCAGCAUGAAAAGUCUGGACUAGAUGAUAUCGUUACCGACGUUCUUCCAUUCCUGGCUAAUACUGAUUUCGAUGUUUGCGAGAAAGCCAUUUCCAUUCUUCUGGGUUUGGUUACCAGUAGAAAUGUUGAUGAUAUCCUCGAGCACCUUCAAAAGGAGUUGUCCAAAUCCAACGGUGAAUCCGAAAAUGAUGAUGCUCGUCGCCGCGCUCUUACAGAAGCUAUCCACCAUUGUGCAAUUAUUUUCCCUCAAACAGCUGCCACUGCAAUUCAAUAUCUUUUAAGUCACAUUUCUGAUUUUCAGAGUAAAUCCGCUUCAAGCGUUUUGUCUUUUGUGAAAGAAGUUAUGGAAAAGUUCCCCGAACUCCGUUCCGCAAACCUUACCAAACUUUUACUUUCUUUGAAGGAGUUUCGUGCAGGAAAGAUUUUCCGCGGUGUUGUUUGGAUUGCUGGUGAGUAUUGCCUAACUGAAGCUGAUAUAAGGACUGCUUGGAAGAGCAUUCGAGCAAGCAUUGGUGAAAUUCCUAUUUUAGCUUCGGAAGAGCAACUUUUAAACGAUGUUUCAGACCGCCAAGAACAAGAGUUGCUUGUUGAUGUUCAAGCGGCACCCUCCUCAAGUCGUAAAAUCCUUGCAGAUGGAACCUACGCUACUGAAAGUGCUGUAACAAGCGAGUCACUUAACGCUGCUAAACUCGAAGCCGUGAGAGCAUCUAAAAAGCCUCCCUUGAGAACUCAGAUUUUGGGCGGUGAUUACUAUCUGGCGACAGUAUUAGCUUCUGCUCUUACAAAGCUUGUAAUGCGCUACCACCAAAUUUCUGAUGAUCGUGAGAGAUUAAAUGCUCUUCGCGCUGAAGCAACCUUAAUUAUGACAUCCAUUAUCCGCGUCGGACAGUCGAAGUUUGUCAAAUACACAAUUGAUGAUGAUUCUGUUGAGCGUAUAUUAAGUUGCAUUAAGGUCCUUUAUUCCUUUGAAGAAUUUCUACCUCUGCAAAAGGUUUUCCUUGAAGAUACAAAGAGUGCAUUUUCUCACAUUGUUGUAGAGAAUGAAAAACGCCAAAAGGCCGAAGCGUCUCUCGCCAAUGAACGUAACGCUAUGCAGCCUGAUGAUACCCUCAGGAUUCGACAACUCAGCAGAGCGAUUGAGGAGAAAGCCGAAGCCUCUUUUGAGGCUGAUGUGGUUCAAGCAGCAAGCGACGGCAUUGUUGUGGAAGAUUUGUCCUCCAAGUUGGAUCAUGUUGUGUCCUUAACUGGAUAUACUGACCCGGUAUACGUUGAGGCAUACGUGAAGAUUCAGCAAUUUGAUAUUAUUUUGGAUAUUCUUAUAGUCAAUCGUACCGACAGUACUUUGCAGAAUCUUUGCUUAGAACUGGCCACCUUAGGUGAGCUAAAAAUCGUCGAACGACCAUCUCCGCUAAAUUUGGCACCGAGAGCAUUUAAUUCUGUUCAGGCCACUAUAAAGGUUUCCUCUACUGAUUCUGGUGUAAUCUUUGGUGCUGUUUCUUUUGGUGGUAAAGCGUCCGAAGAAGAUCAUGUGGUUAAUUUGAGCAGUAUAUCUCUGAAUUUGAUGGAUUAUAUCAAGCCCGCCGCUUGUCCUGAAUCCAAGUUCCGCAGCAUGUGGACUGAAUUUGAAUGGGAGAACAAGGUUGAUAUCUCGUCCAAUGAAAAUAUAAACUUAAUGGAAUUUUUGCAUAAACUAAUGAAGAAGACGAAUAUGAAUUGCCUUACUCCUGACGCCAGCCUACGGGGAGACUGUGGUUUCUUGAGCGCCAAUUUGUAUGCCCGCAGUAUUUUUGGCGAGGACGCACUAAUGAGUUUGAGUGUUGAAAAGUCUACAGACGGACCUAUAUCUGGCCAUGUUCGAAUUCGCUCAAAGACCCAAGGAAUCGCUCUAACAUUAGGGUCUUUAGUUGCUGCUUAA